UCCAACCAAGAACAAGCUACAAGGCAGCAGUUGAUUGAUUUUUGGAGUUGUCUCCGCUAGAAGAGUGGCUCAUCUGCCCGAGGUUUCGAGCUCGACACUUUUCGGUUUGGCAACCAUGAGCUUUACCGACUUGACCACAAAUAGUCAAUAAAUUAUUUUUCCUCUUUUUCAGACCUAGGAGAAAUCCAAAGUGAAUACUAGCAAGCUCUCAAUCAUGGAAAUUACAAGGCGUGAUAAAAAGAACGCUAAUGAAGAGGAUGAUAAUAAAAUUAUAUAUCUCGGACCUUUUAUAGGGGUGCACGAGGUCUCCUCUGGCCCUGCGGCAGAAGGGGGUUUCAUCCGAUUUGUCUUCGGCUGCCACAAAAGCCACAACGGCUACAUCGCUGCGGAGACGUUUACACUGAACCACCUCCCCAGUAGAUAUCGCGACCAUGAACUUUUCCAGCUGAUCCAGGUCAUCUCGUUUUUAACAGUAAGAGUCGACGUGUCCUAUACCAGUAAUAAGAGACCAGUCUACUACGAGGGGACGACACGUCCGUAUCCGUACAGCGAAGAGAGGGGCCAGACGAAAUGUCGGACAGGUACCGGGAGGGUGGGGACGGUGUGGAGGUACACGGAAAAGGACAACCGCUCGUGCGUGUGCAGUUCGUGUAAGAACUCACCCACCCCGAAAAAAGAGUGGGGGUUGAUCCGGGUUAUUACGGCUGUGCAUGUCGUGUACGAUAAGGAUGAAGCUCUCCAUGCUGUAUGUCGGUUCGGGUUUAACUCUAUUCAAAGCCCGGAGAUUAUUAUGGAAGGUGUUGAUAUGGAGCGCGCGGACGUCACGGACGACCGGUGUCACCUGUCAUGCGUGACCCACGAUUUAGAACUGCUAGACCGGAUGAGGAAGAACUGGUCCAGGUACCCGCCGCUGCACGCCAAGGUGUGCAAGAAGUUCGACACCCCGGAUGACAAGCUCACUGUCAUCGUGUCCCACCCUCACGGUUGCAUCAAGUACAUCUCCCUGGGGGUGUGGGCGAUUCGUGAAGAAAGGGGCGAGUCCUCCCCCGGGCACCCCUACGCCACGUACACCUACAACGCCCCCACCUGCCCCGGGUCGAGCGGCGCCACCGUCUACAUCAUGGGCCGGAAGUGGGGUCUGUGGUACAACCAGAUACACAGCGGGUACAACGGUACUAACAACUUCAGCGGAAACGGAUGUGACUAGAUGACCAUUUUGGCCUGUGAAUGUAUCCUCUGGAAAUUUUAACGUUGCUAGGGACGCCGAAUGUCAACACAAAGCGCGAGUUUCUCAUUGAAGGUAGUGGGCACUAGAAUGACGCUUAUACUGUUUAACAUUGUAGUUGAAUGCGGUAUUUGAGAUAUGUUCGCAGUAGCUGACCAAACAGAUGAUUUCAAACGGUGUAAAGAUAAAUUCGACAAUGAGAAUCAGGACAGUUAGAAAAUUACAAUGACUAAAUGGCGAAGAGAAAUUUGACAAUGAGAAACAGGACAAAGACAAACUGGACAAUGACAAAUUGGACAAUGACAAAUUGGACAAUAACAAACUGGACAAUAACAAACUGGACAGUGACAAAACUGGACAAUGAUAAACAGAACAAUGACAAACUGGACAAUGACAAAUUGGACAAUGACAAACUGGACAAUGAGAAACUCGACAAUUACAAACUGGACAAUGAUAAACAGAACAAUGACAAACUGGACAAUUACAAACUGGACAAUGACAAACUGGACAAUUACAAACUGGACAAUGACAAACUGGACAGUGACAAUCUGAACAAUGACAAAUAUGGCAAUGACAAACUUGACAAUGAUAAACUGGACAAUGACAAACUGCACAAUCAGAAACUGGACAUGACAAACUGGACAAUGACAAUCUAGACAAUCAGAAGCUGGACAUGCCAAACUAGACAAUGACAAACUCGACAAUGACAAACUGGACAUGGAUAAACUGAACAAUGACAAACUUAAGUCAGCGAUUUGUCUUCUUAAUUAAUUUUAAUUUAUGAGGGGAUUUACUUCAACACAAUUGAUUAUUAUUUGUCUUUCGUAUUAAGAACCAUAUCACCAGUCGACUCCGAUUUCAGCCCGAUUUUCUUUCUGAAUUUACUUCAUCGCGUUUGCACACCUAAACACAAUGUGAAGAGUUUGUUUCAUUUUAAGAGUUUUACUCGUCUUCAUGAGGUUUUGAUCUAAACAAGUAUCAACACAUUUUUAAUCAAUCAAAUGUUUUAAAGUUAGAAUUGUAUCUUUUUGUUUAGGAGAACGGAAAACAGUAAAGAAAGCUCUAUAUUCACUUUAAAAUGAAGCUAUUGUAAAAUAAUUUUUAUUCAUAACAAAUGUAAUUAAUAAAGGUAGAAGGUUUUAGUGCUUAAAUUAGAAUAAAAUAAGUUUCUUAUAAUAUAUAAACCGUACAUUCUAGACUAAGAUGCUAUUGCAAAUUAAAAGAUCUUAAAAAAGAUUGCAAUGACAAAUAACUUUGUUUGUUUUAAUUAUUUUUUAUGUAUUUUAUUUAAAUUUAAAAAUGGUUCUGGAACUUAUGUUUGAUUUGUUUCCCUUGAAAACAUUAACAUUUUUAGAUGCUAAGGAGCGAAAAAAAUAAUAUUCAAUCUUAAAACUUACUUUUCAAUAUUCAAUCUUAAAACUUAUUUUUCAUCACAUACUGGCAUUUAAAAAAAUGUUACGUGUCAAAUGUGAAUUUGCACAAAAAUUUACUUCUUUUGUGUGUGGUUGGGAGAAUCGAACUUGUAGUACAUUGUUCUGCUAGUAUGUGAUCUAAUUUUUUUCAAUUGAUUACUUACGUUGAAAAAAAAACUGUUUCACAAAUGCGACGUAUGAUGUUUUAUUUGCAUUAUUCUUUGUGAGAAUGUUUAAUAUUAAUGGUCAAAUGCUGAAAAUAAUUUUAAUGUAUGCUGUACUUGUUAGUGAUAACGGGUGUAUAUUUAUUUGUAAGUUUUAUUUUCAUAGGUAUUUUUUUUAUGUUAAGUAUGAAUUAUUUCACAUUUUAAAUUUGUGAAACAUGUGUUGUUGUUACAUUGAUUUAUAGAAUUUUGUCAAUUCUCCAUAAGGAAAUCAGCAAUAAAAUUAUUUCUGUAAACUAAAUAUUAUCUUUUGGUUCAUACUACUUGUAUCCACGAUUUUAAA